AAAAUCUAACUUCGUGUUUAAAAUUUAAUUCAUUACUUAUAUUAAUACUUCUAUGUUUUUUGUAACACCGUUAAAUUUCAAUGUAAAAGAAUAUUCGAUUGGCUCAAUGACAGUUUGUCUUCUUAUCAAAUAUAAAUUGAAAUCGCUUUUAAUUCUUUCUUUUACAUAUGAGUUUCUUUUUAAUUCCGAGUUCUUAUGGAAUACUAUAUUUUCUAUUCAUCAGUUGUGCUUUUAAGUCAGUUAUAUUAGAUAUUGAAAAUGAUAAUAUUCUAAAUAAUGAACAUGUCACAGAUAACUCAAAUAACACAUCAUCAAUAUUUGUACUUAAAGUUAAUGAACAUAGUAGUUUGAAGAAAUCACACAAUUACAAGCAAAGUUGGAAAAAUGUCUUGAGUACAUUAAAUACAUGUAACAAAGAUGUCUACCUACCUGAUUUAUUAACUACUAAUGAAAUUGAUAAAAAAUUUUUAUUAAAUAUAAGUGAUAAAUGGAAUCAGGAUAAAAUAAAUGAAACAAUAACAAGUGAUAAUUGUAGUAAACACAUUGAUAAUACUAUAAUUAAUACAGAUGUGUUAGAUGACCCAGGUAGAGGACAUAUAACUGAGAAUUUAACAGCAAGUGUUCGUAACGUAACUGUUAAUGAAGAUAUACCUUCUUUUAGAGAGUGGACAAAAAAACAAUUAGAAGAAGCUGAAAAGCAGCCAACUCUUAAUGAAACUAAAUUUAAACAUGAAAAUAAAAUUUUGAAAAAAAAUUUUGCUUCACCUGAAUGUGGCGCAAAAGUAGUUUCAACUAAUCCUGAAGCCAAAUAUCCACAUCUAUUGUUAACUUUGCCAAAUGAUGAAUAUAUGUUAAAUCUAUGUAAAAGUACCACUUGGUUUGUUGUUGAACUUUGUGAGGCUAUUCAAGUUAAAAGAAUUGAACUUGCAAACUAUGAAUUAUUUUCAUCAACCCCAAAAGAGUUUUCUGUCUUUGUUGCGUCUCGAUUAAAUACUCGUAAUUGGACUCCAAUUGCACAUUUGGUUGCAGAAGAUGUUAGAGUAUUACAAGAUUUUCACAUAAACACUACUAUUGACAAUGUAUUCACAAAAUACGUCAAGGUUGAAAUACAUUCUCAUUAUGGAAAAGAGCAUUAUUGUCCAAUAUCAGUAUUUAAUGCAUAUGGAUUAUCAGAAUUUGAAGCAUUAGAAAGAGCAGAUGAUCCUGGUUUAGAAAAUCCACAAGUUGAAAAUGAAGAUGUUGAUGAUUUUGAAGUUAUUGAUGAAAUAGAUGUUGAUAAAAAUAAAACUAACAGUAAAAGUACUUUACUUGAUAGUGCUAGAACUGCUGUUAUGUCAAUCGUCAAAAUAGCUGCUGACGUAUUAGAUAUAAGACAAAAAUCUCCAUGUGAUACCCCACCUUGUAGUAUCAAUGAAACAACAUAUAAUUUCACUGAUGUAAAUCAAUAUAUAAACUGUAUAACACCUGGUUAUAUUAUGGUAUGCCAUGGCUGUAAUGACACUUUUUAUAAAAAUAUGUUUGACAUUAUUAGUUGUGAAUCCAAUCAUUUGACUGAAAUUUACCAAAAUAAAUAUAUAUAUGAAUCAAUAAUAAAUAGUGAUAUAUGUGCUGAUUAUGGUUUAGAUUUUUCAUUGUUAAAAAAAAGAAAUAAGCAUAAAAAAUUAUUAAAUGGAAAUCAACGUGAAAAAUUUAUUACAUCUCUCUUUCCAUUAGUCAAAAUAGCAGCAUUAUGCAACACUCUAGCAAUUAUUCAUAAUAAAAUUGCAUUAAAUAAAGCUAAACGUAUUUAUAUUAAUGACGAUCUAAUUAUAAAUUUACAAACAGCUUCUUCAGAUGUUAUUUCACAAAACAGCAGUAAUAGUAGCUCAAGUUACCAAAAAUCUGAUGAAUCGACUCAAAGUUCUUCACCAAUUAGUAGUAAUUCAGUCACUUUAGAUUUAUCAAGUUUCAUUGAGCCUAUAGUUGCUCAGAUUUUACCUACAAAAAUCUCAGCUACUAAAGAUGAACCACCUAUGUCAUUAACCCAUCAAUUAAAAGAGACCAUUAACGUUAAUAUUGAAAAUAUAACUGCUGAAACUUCAUCAAGUCAAGAAUACAACAUGACUAGUGGGGUACCUACACAAAGUUCUACUGAGUAUGUAACCAGUACCAUUGUAAAUAAUACUAUUGUUACUGAUAUUGAUAAUUCAAAUAUAAGAAAUUCAACUACUGAAAUUAAACCACCACAAGAACAGCAAACAGACAAUUUUGACAAUUUUUUUAAAGACUUUGAAACUGAAGAAAGUGAAAAUGAUAAGUGUAAUUCCACAGCAUCUGAAUCUUCUAUUCAGUAUACUACAGUGCAACCUUCAGUUCUGUCUCAAAACACAAAACAAUCAUUAUUUAUUCGUUUAGCUAAUCGUAUUAAGGACUUGGAACGUAAUAUGUCUCUCAGUGGUGAAUAUUUACAAGAAUUAAGUACUCGUUAUAAAAAACAAGUUGAUGAUAUGCAGCGAACAAUUUUGGAAUUAACCGAAGAGAAUAGAUUAAUAAGAGAACAGGAUUUGAAAAUUCUUGAGGAAAUAAAGUUUUUAAGUGAUCAAGUGUCUUCUCUCCAAAGUACCUUACAUUAUUUAAAGGCAGAAACUGAGAAUUUUAAUUUAUUGUCAUUUAUUCUAUCUGAUAGCAGUCCAACAACAGUCAUGAUAUUUUGCUUCUUAAUUCUAGCAUAUGUGGCUCUUAGACUCUUAGGUUUUAUCGGAAAACACGGAAAAGAGCUUGUUUGGGAGAGUUCAAUAAAACCUAAUAAUACUCGUAGACUAUCAACAAAUGAUAUUCCUUCUGAUAUUAAAGAAAAACAUAGACGUCCUAGUGAAGAAGCCUUAUUUUCAUCUGGAACAACCCAUCAAGACCUGUUAAUUAGAAAUAAUAAUGGAGAAAACGUUAAAAGUGAAAGAAGACGUAGAAGAAAACGUAAAGAACUAAUAUUGAAGUCAAAAUCUAAUGCUAUAAAUUUAGAAGUUGGUGGUAUGGAAAAUGGUGGUAACAUUAAAAUGAAAUCUAGCCACAAAGACAUUCAUAGAAGUGCAUCAUCAUCUGAUCUUACUUCUAUUGAUGUUCCAAAUAAUGAAUUUAUGAAAACUGCUUUAUCUAUUAGGACAAAUAGAAUGUCUGGUACAUUACAUCCAAGUAAUGGUUUUAUUGAAUCCAACAAAAAUUUAACAGAAUCAAAGUCAAAGAGUAUUAAAAAUUUUUUAAAAAGAAUAUUUUGAGUUUGAGA